AUAUACUGGCUGUAGACUAUAGAAUUUAAGUCAAUGUCGAUUGUAAAAGUUCUUUAAUUCGGCCAUUUUUGUUGCGACCAUCUACCAGGAUGUCGCAUAGAAAGUUUUCGGCUCCCCGCCAUGGGUCGAUGGGAUUCUAUCCCAAGAAGAGAUCCCGCCGUCAUCGUGGUAAAGUAAAGGCUUUCCCUAAAGAUGAUCCCAGCAAACCUGUACAUUUAACAGCUUUUAUUGGUUACAAAGCUGGUAUGACCCACGUGGUCCGUGAACCUGACCGUCCUGGAUCAAAGAUUAACAAAAAAGAAAUCGUGGAAGCUGUCACCAUCAUCGAGACUCCUCCCAUGGUUUGUGUUGGUGUCGUUGGAUAUAUCGAAACACCACAUGGUCUUCGUACAUUGAUGACUGUCUGGGCGGAACAUAUGUCUGAAGACUGCCGUCGUCGUUUCUACAAGAACUGGUACAAGUGCAAGAAGAAGGCUUUUACCAAGGCAAGCAAGAAAUGGCAAGAUGAGCUAGGUCGCAAGUCCAUUGAUAAGGACUUCAAGAAAAUGAUCCGCUACUGCAGUGUCAUUAGAAUCAUUGCUCACACUCAGAUGAAGCUAUUGAAACAACGUCAAAAGAAGGCUCAUAUCAUGGAAAUUCAAGUCAAUGGUGGUACUAUUGAAGAUAAAGUAAAAUGGGCGCGAGAGCACCUCGAAAAACCCAUUCCUAUUGAUUCUGUCUUCACUCAAGAUGAGAUGAUUGACUGCAUUGGUGUUACUAAGGGCAAGGGAUACAAAGGUGUGACAUCUCGUUGGCAUACAAAGAAACUUCCACGUAAGACGCACAAGGGUCUGCGUAAAGUUGCUUGUAUUGGAGCCUGGCAUCCUUCAAGAGUUUCGUUCACUGUUGCCCGUGCUGGUCAAAAGGGCUACCAUCAUCGUACUGAAAUGAACAAGAAAAUCUACAGAAUUGGUCAAGGUAUUCACACAAAGGAUGGAAAGGUUAUCAAGAACAAUGCAUCCACUGAAUAUGAUUUAUCUGAAAAAUCAAUCACACCCAUGGGUGGUUUCCCUCAUUAUGGUGAAGUCAAUAAUGACUUUGUCAUGAUCAAGGGUUGUUGUAUGGGACCUAAGAAGCGUGUUAUUACUUUAAGAAAAUCCCUACGUGUCCACACUAAGAGAGCUGCACUUGAGAAGAUCAACCUGAAGUUCAUUGACACAUCAUCCAAGUUUGGUCAUGGUCGCUUCCAGACGCCGGCUGAUAAGGCCGCGUUUAUGGGAACGCUCAAGAAGGACCGUAUUCGUGAGGAGGCAGCUGCUACCACUACUGCUGCAGCCCCACAAUCUUAAUUACUUCUUGACAAUAUAAAUUGAUAUCAAAAUUC